CUACACCUUACACUAUUAUACCGGUGAUUCCUAUAUUUGACAAGGUUGAAUACUCCCGGUGAGGUCAUACAAAAGAUUCCAUACGGAGACAAGCAUACACACCACCCACCCCACCUUCCACACUAAUUCAUAAUGAGAGUAUAUCAAUGUCAUUUCUGUUCGUCCCCAGUAUAUCCAUUACACGGGAUCAUGUUUGUUAGAAACGAUGCCAAAGAGUUCCGUUUCUGCCGUUCCAAGUGCCACAAGUCAUUCAAGCAACGUCGUAACCCACGUAAAUUGAGAUGGACCAAGGCCUUCAGAAAGGCUGCUGGUAAAGAACUUGUGGUUGAUUCUACAUUGACUUUUGCUUCUAGAAGAAACGUUCCAGUAAGAUACAACCGUGACUUGGUCGCCACCACCUUGAAGGCUAUGGGCAGAGUUGAGGAAAUCAGACAGAAGAGAGAGAGAGCCUUCUACAAGAACAGAAUGAGAGGCAACACCGAGAAGAAGUUAGCUGCUGACAGAAAGUUGGUCGAACAAAACCCAGAAUUGUUGAGAAUGAGAGAGGUCGAGUUGAGAUUGAAGGCCGAAAGAAAGGCUGCCAGAGAAGCUGCUAUGGAAGAAGACCAAGAAGCUGAAAUUGCAUCUGAAGACAUGAUGAGUGAAGACGAAGAAAUGGAAAGUGAAUCUGAAUCCGAGUCUGAAGCAGUCAAGCAAAAGGUGUUGUUGAAGAACAAGAGAAAGGUCAGAGCUUAACCAGUCCGAGUGUUGGCCAAACUUUAUUUCGGUUAAUUCCUAAUAUUUUACUGUACUUUUACGGGUUUAUCCUUUUAUAUUGAAU